UUCUCAGAAUAUGCAUAUAAACUACUGAGAGUGAGAAAGAGAGCAAAAAUUAAGUUUGAACAGAAUGGCAGCCUCACUACAAGCAGCAGCUACACUCUUGCAACCCGCCAAGGUGGGUGUGUCUUCUAGGAGUAGCCUGCAGCUCAGGUCUUCUCAAAGUGUUUCCAAGUGCUUUGGCGUGGAACCAGCUGCAGCCAGGCUGACUUGUUCUCUUCAUGCUGAUAUUAAAGAAUUGGCUAACAAGUGUGUCGACGCUACCAAGAUUGCCGGGUUUGCUCUUGCAACAUCGGCCCUCGUUGUGUCGGGAGCAGGUGCUGAAGGAGUUCCGAAGAGACUAACCUACGAUGAAAUUCAAAGCAAGACAUACAUGGAGGUGAAGGGAACCGGCACAGCCAACCAGUGCCCAACCAUUGAUGGCGGAGUUGACAAAUUCGCUUUCAAGCCCGGCAAGUACAGCACCAAGAAGCUCUGCUUGGAACCCACUUCCUUCACUGUCAAAGCCGAAGGUGUGAACAAGAAUUCCCCACCCGAGUUCCAAAACACCAAGCUCAUGACUCGCUUGACCUACACCCUCGACGAAAUCGAAGGACCCCUUGAAGUAUCCCCCGACGGCACCAUCAAGUUCGAGGAAAAAGACGGCAUCGACUACGCCGCUGUCACCGUCCAGCUUCCCGGCGGCGAGAGGGUACCAUUCCUUUUCACCAUCAAACAGUUGGUAGCAUCAGGGAAACCAGAGAGCUUUAGCGGAGAGUUCUUGGUACCUUCCUACCGUGGCUCCUCUUUCUUGGACCCAAAGGGAAGGGGUGGAUCAACAGGUUAUGACAAUGCAGUAGCAUUGCCUGCCGGAGGAAGAGGGGAUGAAGAAGAACUUGUGAAGGAAAACGUAAAGAAUACAUCUUCAUCGACGGGGAAAAUCACCCUGAGUGUCACCAAGAGCAAGCCCGAGACUGGGGAGGUGAUUGGUGUGUUUGAAAGCAUACAGCCAUCUGACACUGAUUUGGGAGCAAAAACUCCAAAGGAUGUGAAGAUCCAGGGAAUUUGGUAUGCUCAGCUUGAUUGAUAGGCCUUUUUUUUUUUUGUACUUUGUUUUUCAAAAAUAACAUGAUGAUCGGUUUAGAUUUUGUUGUAAGUUGAUGAAAAAGGAACUGCAAAACUUCCCUGCGAGGAAUUCGAUGGAGCAUGCAUGCAUGCAUGCACGGAGAUUAUCAUCCAGUUUGUAUAUUAUUAUGGCUAAUGAAUCAGUACGUCUUAUGAUGA